CAGCAUGCACCGCGAGGUCUGCAGUACAAUUAUUCACAAAGAAAAAAAAGGCUUGAGGAGCAACAACAACAGGGUGGGAGCAGAAGCACAGAUCUCGUUUACAGCUCUAACGUUUCACGAACCCGUGUGCUGACAACAAGUAUCAUGUCAUGGCCCUAAGGAGCUGAGAGUGGGAAGUGCUGUUCACCUGAAGGGAGCUCACAAAGCUUGAGAGUUGCUAUAGAAGAGUUGGCGGGGCCUGGGCAGAGGGUAGAGCUCAGCGGGAGCCAAUGCAGCAGCAGCAGCAUCGACCGCCGGAGUUGGUGGGAGGAAGCCUUCCCGUGUUCGUGUUCCCCAAUGAGCUCGUCUUCUAUGCCGAUGAUCAGUUGUCUCACAAACAGGUGCUCACGCUCUACAAUCCCUAUGAGUUCGCCCUCAAGUUUAAAGUGCUGUGCACAGCGCCAAACAAGUACACCGUGGUGGAUGCAACUGGAGCCGUCAAGCCUCAGUGUUGCGUUGAUAUAGUAAUCCGACACCGAGAUGUGCGCGCGUGCCAUUACGGGGUCUACGACAAGUUCCGGCUGCAGGUGUCAGAGCAGAGUCAGCGGAAAGCUCUGGGCCGCAAAGAGGUGACGGCCACUCUCCGUCCCUCUGCCUCACAGGACCCGCCUAGCCCCCGGCCCCAAGAUGAGGAACGCCGAAUUGCUGACAGCGAGUUUUUUGAACAGACUGUAUUCCAGACAGAGAGCCGUCCUGUUGCUGGAGGACCCAGUCUGUUGACAGUACUGCUUGGGCUGGUGUGUAUGGCUGCCCUGAUGCUCCCGACACUGGGGGAGCAAGAAUCUACUGUGCCUGUCUACCUCCACUUAAGUGUUAACAAGAAACUUGUAGCUGCUUAUGUUCUUGGGCUUCUUACAAUGGUCAUCCUACGCACAUGAAGUGCCGUGAACCGAAAGGAGGGAAGAAAAGAAACAGAAACAUGAAGAGAAUGUUCUCCCACCAGAGGCACUACUAUGAGUAAAAAAAAGUAGAGCUGACAGCAGGGGGACAGGGGUACUUAUUCGAUUACCUCAUCCUCUGAAAAAUACAUUUUACCAUACUUGUUUUCAAAUCUACACAUUUGUGUUAAUACAUACACGGAACUAAAGUGAAUGGGAAGAGCUGUCGUGUGUAAGGUCAGAGUGAGGGGAGCUGUCCCUGAGAUGAAGGGCCUGUGGAGAAGCGUGAGGCCGUUUGCUGUUGUUUGGCCUCACAUAUUGUCUGUAACUCUGUUGCCAUUAUGUGAAAGAAAGUGGUCAUUUCAGUGUGAAGGAAUCAACAUGCAAACGCGGUACUUGUAUAUAAAGCCAUUAAAGUUUUGUUACCUGUUACCAUUAUUAAAUUGAUGUUUUUUUAAAGCGUUUUAGAGUAGACUGAAGACUAAAUGCUGUUCCUUGCAUGUGUGGAUACUUUGUAUGAGUGGGCUUUAAGUUUGUUAGCAGUAAGAUACUUCUGCCUGUUACCAAAGGAGGGAUCUUCUCUUGAAAGAAGAAUGGUUCGCUUGCCGUGCUUUAUCAAAUGUUUAAUAAAGUCUCAAUACAGCUGUA